AUGACCUUAAUGGUGGAGAAAGAUGAAGCAUCUAAUACUAGCAUGGAAGAAAUCCUCACAGGGCCCAGGCCGGACCCGCCCCCAGACCCAUCUCAACCGGGAGACAGAGCCCCAUCUGCUGUGGACCCUGACGGCGUGGCCCGCUGCGCCGCGUCCCGCUCGGAGGGCCCCUGGCCAAGCCCCGACCCCUCCCAGUGGCAGCCCGCCCGCAGUCAGCCCCGCGGCCGCUCACCUACGCGCAACCCGCGUCCUCCUCUUCCUCCUUCCCGAGGCGUCUGCAGCCGCCCGGCGCCGCCCCCUCCCCUUCCCGCCUUCGCCCCGCCCCCUCGGAGCCGGAACUGCUCCCUUCGGGCCCUUCUCCCCGCCCCCUUCGGCCCCCAGUGUGGCGUCACUUCCGCCAGCGCCGGGCCGCGCGCUGAGAGUCCGCGUCUCGCGAACGCGCCGGGAGCGUCCUCAGACCCAGGAGCGCGCCCCGCGGAUGACAACAAAUUCGUCGCGCCGCUGCGGUGUUGUCCGCCUCAGCCCCUGCCGCCUCCCGGCGCGCUGUCUUGCCCCCUUGCCCUGUGCCGACUAGGAUCCCCGCGGAAGCCCCCGGGUCUGGGGCGACGGGAGCUCCUCUGUCUUGUCCCCGCCAGGCCCAGCGCGAGCGGAGCCAGCGAUGGGGUCGCCCUGAGGGACGCCUGGCGCCGUGAGGGCAUGGAGGGGCCACCGCGGGCUUAG